AUGCCCCCCACAAUUGCAACUUCAACUACAACUGUAGCAUCACCUACAACAACAACUGCAGAUGCUUCCACAACCACAGGUGCAGCACCUACUACAUCAAUCACAACUGCAGGUCCUACUACAAUUUUACCUCUUACGACAACCACAAGUGUAGCUCCUACAGAAUUCACAACAGUUGCUUCUAUGACCCCCACAAUUGCAGAUUCUACUUCAACAACUGUAGCUCCCACAACCACUACAACUGCAGCAGCUCCUACAACAACUGUAGCUGCUUCCACAACUACUACUGCUGACCCUACUGCAACAACAACUGAAGCUCCUUCUACAACAACUGUAGCACCAACGACAUCAGCAACAACAGUCCCUACGAAAACUGCAGCUAAUACUUCAACUGUAGCUCCUACAAUGCCAAUCACAACUGCAGCAACAACUCUUGCUCCUACAACCUCUACAACUUCAGCACCCAAUACGUCAUUCACAACUGCAGGUCCUACUACCAUUUUAACUCCUACGACAAGCACAACUGAAGCUCCUUCAGAAGUCACAACUGUAGCUCCUUUGACCCCCACAAUUGCAGCUUCUACUUCAACAACUGUAGCUCCCACGACAACUGCAGCAUCACCUACAACAACAACUGUAGCUGCUUCCACAACUACUACUGCAGCCAAUACUGCAACCACAAAUGAAGCUCCUUCUACAUCAACGACAUCAGCAACAACAGUCCCUACGACAACUGCAGCUAAUACUUCAACUUGUAGCUCCUACAGCAACCACAACAGCACCUACAACGCCAAUCAAUUCUGCAGCUUCAAACACAACAACUGUAGCUCCUACGACCACAACAACUGCAGCAGCUCCUAUAACAUCAACUGUUCUACUACCAUUUUACCUCCUACGACAACCACAACUGAAGCUAAUACAGACAUCACAACUGUAGCUCCUAUGACCACCGCAAUUGCAGCUUCAACUACAACAACUGUAGCAUCACCUACAACAACAACUGCAGAUGCUUCAACAACCACAAGUGCAGCACAUACUACAUCAACCACAACUGAAGCUCCUACAGAAAUCACAACAGUAGCUUCUAUGACCCCCACAAUUGCAGAUUCUACUUCAACAACUGUAGCUCCCACAACCACUACAACUGCAGCAGCUCCUACAACAACAACUGUAGUUGCUUCCACAACUACUACUGUAGCCCCUACUGCAACAACAACUGAAGCUCCUUCUACAACAAAUGUAGCACCAACGACAUCAGCAACAGCAGUCCCUACGACAACUGCAGCUAAUACUUCAACUGUAGCUCCUACAAUGCCAAUCACAACUGCAGCAACAACUCUUGCUCCUACAACCUCUACAACUUCAGCACCCAAUACGUCAUUCACAACUGCAGGUCCUACUACCAUUUUACCUCCUUCGACAACCACACCUGUAUCACCUACGACAACCACAACAACAACUGUAGCUCCUACAAUCUUCAAACACAACAACUGUAGCUCCUACAAUGUCAAUCUCAACUGCAGGUCCUACUACCAUUUUACCUCCUACGACAACCACAAGUGUAGCUCCUACAGCAACCACAACAGCACCUACAACGCCAAUCAAUUCUGCAGCUUCAACGAAAACAACUGUUUCUCCUACGACCACAACAACUGCAGCAGCUCCUACAACAACAACUGUAGCUGCUUCCACAAACAAAACAGCAGCACCUACUAUGUCAAUCACAACUGCAGCUCCAACUGGAACAACUGCCUCGUUUCCGACAAAGACAACUGCCGUUCCUGCUACGACAACCAUAACAGCAGCUCCUACCACCAUAACUGCAGCUCCUCCUGCCAUAGCUGCAUUUACUACAAUAACUGUGGCUCCAUCAGCAACCGCAACUACAGCUUCUACGAGAACCACCACAGGACCUACUAA